AUGAUUAUAGUUGAAAAAAUGGAAGAAUCACAGCGAAAAUUGAAUGAUCACAUUAGCAGUAUGGUCUCAUCAUUACAUAAAAAUUAUUUAAGAAAAAUCUAUGGUGAUACAUUUAAUUGUAGCUACAAAUGUACCGAAGAUGAGUCAUUGGAUCCAGUUCGAUUUCAUGAGUGUGUUGAACGUUGUUCAAAUAAAAUAACAAGAGCUGAAGAGUUAAUGCGACAUGAAAUGGAACAAGUUCAGGAUCGUUUACUUCGUUGCAUUCGGUCGUGCGAAGAUAAAGCAAAAGAUAAUUCAGAUAAAGAUAAAAUGCGAAUGCAAAGCGGAUUUGAAACAUGCGUAGUCGGUUGUGCAAAUGAAAUACUACAACUGUUACCUAAAGUUGAAGCAAAACUUAGUGAUCAAUUAAAGAAUAAAAGUUGGUGA